CCCAAAACGCCGCCGCAUAAAAAAAGAAACCACAACACGACCUCUAUCACAACAAAAGGUCUUUUUUUUUUGCCCCGCCCGGCCGAAAUGGCCCUUAAUCAAUCCUCGAAACGCAAACCUGCCUUCCCCAACUCCGGAGGAGGCAAAGACGGCUCUUCCGCUGCUCGAAAACGCGCCAAGACCUACGAUGCUCGCGCUUUGGCCGUGCAGACGUCCGAUGCCGCGCUCUCAGCGACGGGCGAUCUGGAUGUCGCGGCCUUUGUAGGGGCUCGUGAGUUCGAGAUCCGCGCCCUGGAGGCUGGAAUGCAGCGGUCGAAAGCGGCGUUGACCAGUCGUGCGUUUCAGAAGGUGCCUCGAUCUUUGAGACGGAGGACGGCUAGUCAUAAUGUCAAGAGGGUGCCGCGUCGGUUGAGGGCGAGGGCUAAGAGGGAGAUGAUUGAAGAUAAUACUCCCACCGUGACAGCCCGACGGAGAAAACCGACCCAGCUCCUCCGUCUACGUCUCGAGACGGCCAGACGACUCCAGGGGCUGAAUGCGAAGACGAAAGCAAGACGUGCGGCGUCCAAGGCCAAGCGGGAUAAGGAAAUGCGGAAAUUACUCUCCGAUGAAGGAAUCCAUUCUUUCCAGAUCGCGCCUCGUGUUCCCAAGAUCAAGAAGAAUAAACUCUCGCAUCCGUUUCCGCCAGAGUCGAAAUUCAAGAAGCGUCAGAGGGGAAAGACAUGGUUGCCUACGCAUAUGUUUCAUGCUAAGCGGGCCCAUAUGACCACGGCCAACGAGCCGUUGUGGAGGUUUGCGGUGCCGCUGUCUCCCACGGAGAAGAGCUAUAGACCUACCCAUCGGGCUGCGGGUGCGAGGGGGGCUGUAGCGUGGGAUGUCAGUUAUAUGUCUACGAUGCAGUUAGAGGGAACUGAGGCUAGUUUGGAAAGCGUUCUGAGGGCAGUGGGAGUUGUUGGGGACGAAGCGUGGGGAACGAAAGGGAAGAAAUGGAGACAAGGGACGAGGAGCCUGGUCGCUUGGGUAUUUGAACAUGAAGGAGAGAAGAGGCCGAUCGCGCCCGUGACAUUGAUCUGGCGUGCAAGAGACGCGCAGGAGGAUGUUGAGAUGACCGAUGCCGGGGACCAGAGUGGCCCGCGCAAGACUAAGAAGCCUAGGGAGAAGCUGUUCGUCCGAGUACAUCCGUCAGCGUUUCUUCAGCUGUGGAAUGAACUCUUAGAAGUAUCAAAACGCCAGAACCCUCCUGUCAUGGUGGAAGACUUGCGCUUUGAGAUCGGGAGCAUCGAUAUCACUGGUCCUGGGGCGACGGAGGCAUUACUAGGUGCACUCAAGCCGCUGCAAGAGGAUGGGAAAGACUUCCCCAAGGACAGUCCAGAAGCGACUUGGUCCUCUCUUAUAAGCGUCACGAACCCUUCUUCUCUUCCCCAGAAUGCCAUCCUGGCUUUCUCAAUAUCUGAUCCUCGUCUACGCUUUCCUCCAAGGAAGAUAAAACCACCUACUUCCGAGCAGAGCAUGAACGAUCUUGCUAUCUUACUAGCCUCGUGGCCGGUAGACAAGACUCAGAAGCCUGCUGCGCUGUUUGACCGUCCUGCACGUUUGGCCGCUGCUCGCCAACUUCCCAGCCAAAAGGCCAUCAAUCGACGACGGACCCUGGCUGGACCAGGAACAUAUCCGUCCCCACAGCCUUCAGAUCCAAGUAUUCCUGUCAUAGUUCUUGCAUCCAAGCCAGGUAUUAUGGCCAAGAACAGCAACGCCCAGGGUACCUGGACCGUCCUUCUCCCCUGGAAGUGCCUGGUUCCUGUGUGGUACUCACUGAUGUACCAUCCGCUCUCCAGUGGAGGAAAUCCUCGAUUUGGCGGUCUCAAAGAACAAAGGCAGCUUGCUUUCGAAGUGGGAGAACCGUGGUUUCCAGGUGAUUUCCCGGGUACUCAGGCAGGCUGGCAAUGGGGCUUGCGUGAGCGAGAGGAGGCGAAGAAAGAGUGGGAGAGGAAGCCAAAGGGCCGGAGAACCGAGUUCGAAAGCAUAGAUCUUGGAAACGGCACGAAAGGUGAAAUAGGGCGUGGAUGGGCUUGUGACUGGGAAAGACUGGUAGAAGGUCCUCCCGAGGUCGCAGUGACGGAGAAUGCAGACACUGCCGCUCAGAAAGACUUGGAGAGGAAGAAAACUGCAUCUGAGGCCGCUGAUUCGUCCACAGAGGACAACAAGAAGCUGAAUGCUAUCCCACCGUAUAGUCUACACCAGCUUACUUCGAACACGGCUCAUAGGAUUGUGAACCAUGUGUCUGGGCCUCUUCCUGCAGAUCUACAGAGCCUUCUCGACAAGCCCGCCCUGGCAACUGUCAAGAUCUCUCUCUUCAAUCGUGGCACUCCCACGCCACGUGCCCGCAUCUACCGCCUCCCAACGACAGACGAUGAACUACGCCAGCAGUGGCUUUCAUUAGCAUCUCCUGUGUCUACUACAUCCACACAAAAUGGGAGCCAAUCCCCCGUCCAGAAGGGAAAAAAGAAGCAAAUCCAGAGCCAGAGCCAGAGCCAGUCCCAGUCCCAAACCACACCAUCAGAACAAGAACGGCGCGAUGAAGCUUGUAAGCGCCUCGCAGCUUCUCUUCUCGCAUCAUCAGCAGAAGCAGGCCCCCACACUGACGCAGAGCGGAAUGCCUACCUGCCCAUCCCGUCUGAAGAGGACCUCAUCGGCUUCGUGACGACAGGAAACUACAACCUGUCCGAAGGCAAGGGGACGGGUGUUGGAUCGAUUCUCAUCUCGAAGAUCAUAAACUCAGCCGCUGAGAGUGAGAAAGAGAAAGGAAAAGGCAAAGCACGAGAGCGAAGGAUGUGUAUUGUUCGCUCUGCGGGUGAACGAGUCGGCAGGUUGGGCAUUUGGGAAGUCGUAUGAAGUUCCACAUGAUAUUGUUACAAACCAUGUGAUUCUGUAGAUGGACUCGAAAGAGAAGGGAGUUGUAUCAUGAUACCCUGUUAUGAUAUCUUAUAUUAUAUUGAGGCUUUUUACUAGGAAUGGCAACUAGAUCCGCUGCAUGCACGGCAAAGGUAUAAACUGGACG